AUGUUCUUCAGCAGGGUUGUUCUUGUUUUAUGUGCAGUUGCGUGGUUCUCCAGCGUUUGUGCACAUUAUUGCUGGCCUUCUGUCGAUCAGACGUUUCCCUGGGACGUUGUUCGCAGAACAGACAAUUAUGAGACCCGUAAUCCUAUCCAAAAUGUAAAUGAUCCUAACUUCAGAUGCUACAACGGUGCCGGUGGAACUGCCCCGAACACCUAUUCCAUCGAAGCCGGCAACAAAAUCACCUUCCAGACCGAUAACGUCCUCUACCAUAUAGGAGUUGUCAACGUCUAUAUGGCUAAAGCACCAGAUAAAGCCAUCGACUUCGACGGUUCUGGCAACUAA